AUGCAUCGUCCUCUGAUAUUCGGCCACCGCGGUGUAGGAUGUAGUAUCCCCGGAACACUUGGUCUCUUACCUGAGAAUUCCAUCAGUUCAUUCCUUGAGGCACGUCGUUUGGGUGCUGAUGGUGUAGAGCUUGAUGUAUUCCUGUCGAAGAAUGACGAAAUUCUAGUCGUGCACGGCCACCUUGCUAAGAACAGUUUAUGCCUUACUACUCUUAAGAAGGAUGGUUUAACUGGAGUAAAGCAGUUUCUUGAGGAUGACCUCAUUGAGAAGUAUGAUUCGAAAUCCAGUGACUUACUGUUGAAGAAGCCAUGGCGUCUUCUUCAGAGUAUCACUGAUAUCGAUGUUAUUAUUAAAAACCACAAAAGCAACGUUGCUGCUUCCUUCCAAUCCUACAUAGAUAACUUAGAGCACGCAGAAGGCGAGCAUGUGCCUACAUUGGACGAGGUAUUUGAGAAACUUGGUGACACUUUCCAAUACAACAUUGAGCUUAAGGGAUCUCGUCCAGAGCUCGGCCCCCGUGUUCUGGAUGCCAUUGAGAGACACCCCAAGGUCAAAGUAGUAAUAUCGUCAUUCCAAUGGAUACCACCAAAGUUGGAUCCUAGUUCCCCUCAUGCAGAAAACGCAUUAGAGGCAUUGCCAAACGGGAAAAUUACCGUUGACCUUUUACGCCCCCUCGUGAACAAUCGUUUAGGCGUGCCCAUCGGCUUAUUGUUCAAUAACGAGACCUCCGAAUUGCCAAGCUUAGAAAGAAUGGUCGAAUGCACAAGGAGCUAUCAUGCCGAGUGGGUUAGCCUUGCCCAUGACUUUUGGACCACCGAGACCCCAAUUCUUGGCGCUGCAGUUAAGGGAUUAGACGCUUUGCAUCACCUUGUGACUGAGCUUCACAAGAAGGGUUUGAAAAUUAUGACCUAUUUCUUGGAAUCUGUACCGGACACUGAAAAAGACAUGAAAUUGCAAUUGGCCUCGGGUGUUGAUGCCAUAUGUCCCAAUGACGUCGAGUUAGCAAUGAAAUGCGCACGACAGUAG